AUGAAAUCAAUUUUGUUUCUGUAUACUGGAAGCGACAGCACCAAAGCCGAAAACUUAAGCGAUUAUAUACAAGGUAAGCUAGGAACAUCAGUAGUCGUGAAAAGCAUCACCAGUAUCUUGGCAGAAGAUCUAGAUUUUAAAAAGGAGCUCUACCGGAGUGACUGUUUCGUCUUUAUCGGAUCCUGCCGAGCUUCGUCCCUCGUUCGAAACAAAGAGCAAGAAACCGAAGGUGGUUUCAUUACAUUUGACGGGAAAAUAAUCUACGAUGAGUUCUCACGAAACAAGGAACUUGUGGACAAACUGGUCACUGUUUACUUCAUGGAGAGAGCCGAGAAUGAUUGGAUCCCAACUGGUCUCGAUGAGAAAAGAAUCUUUGACCUGAAAGGCCAAAAGAUUCGAAGAGGUAAUCCCGCCCUAGACCACCUGGAAUAUACCAUAAGACGAGUACUCGACCAGAUGGUGAAUCCUCACUGGCCUUACCUUCCUAAACUUAAAGAAACCUAUCAAACUGAUGAAGAGAUGGAAGGAAUUGAAGGGGCUUGGCGUACAAUUACAGAUGAUCCUCUAGAGUAUCAUUUUUGUUAUCAUAUUUUGGAUGGAGAUGAAGGAGGACGACCCCCAAUGCUUUCGCAGUCAAAUGGAGAAGUCCAGACAGUUAAUGAACACUUUAACCCAAGAGACAAAUCUUGUCUACAUGUUAUUGCAAAGAGCAAACAUAUGGAGGCAUUACAACAUCCUGUGGUCAGAAUGUUGGUUAAGACCAAAUGGAAAAGCUAUGGACACUUUUUUCUGAGCCUUCAAGCAGCUUUGUAUGUCAUCUUCUUGCUGUUCCUGUCAUAUUCUUUGCUUCAUGCCUCCACAAAAGUGGACCCUACCCAGUACAGGGAUGCAGGAGACUCAUUCCGUGGAUUUUGUGAGAUCGUCUCCCUUGUUGUGGUUACCUUUUACUUCGGUGAAGAAAUCAAUCAAAUGUGUAUAGAGAGGCAGUCAUACUUCAUGGAGUGGAUGACCCUGUUUGAUUGGUUAGGCCUAUUGCUGGUCCUUUGUAUCAUACCCCUGCGGUACGCUGGUAGCAAAGCUCAGUGGACGAUAGCAUCUCUAGCUAUAUUGUUCAAUUUCCUAAGGAUAUUUAAGUUUUCGUCAGUGACAAGGACCACAGGCUUGUAUACGAAAACUUUGGCUAAGAUCAUCCAGCAAGAUCUGACACGAUUUAUGGCAGUUUUCGCCGUGGUCUUCCUUCCUUUCUGUGGAGCUUUGUUUUUAUCUCUCCGUUGCUCUGGACAAAACCAUCAAUUUAGUGGCAUAGGAGACGUGUUCCUCAGCGGUCUUCGAGCAUUGUCUGAUCAACGACCCAUUGCGGAAGAUUAUUCAAACUUCAACUGGCUCUCCAUUCUGUUAAUGCUGGCUUACAUGGGAACUGUACUUGUGAUUUUACUCAACAUACUCAUAGCGCAGAUGAGCACGACCUACAUUCAGGCCAAGAAAGUCGCCCGUGUGGAGUAUGAUGUGGAUCGUAUUUUACAGCUCACUCGCAUGGAGAGAUUUCCUUUUCUGAAUUUGCGCGUAAAGUACUACAAGGAAGGAGAAUGGAUCAGUGAAAAGAAACUUGCGGAAGAGCUUCUAGAAUUUAGUGAAGAUCGGAAUCCUUGGGAAUCAGUGGAAGAAAAACUUAAUGCGAUAAGAGAUAUGAUGCGAACGAUGGUAAAACAGAUGAGGCCUGGAAGAAAAUGA